AUGGUUAUGACAUCUUUAAGACUAAUAGAAAAAAACAAUAACAUUUUAGCUAACGAUUUUCGCAAGGAUUUAGGCCCUCCCAGAUUGGACAUUACCGAUAAUUUAUAUGAGGGUCUCAUUACUCCGACAACGCGAGCCCGAGAAAAAGAAAAGGAGGCGGAAUAUUUUUCAGAAACACUUGUUUCUGCUGAUGAUCUUUGGGAUAUAUUUUUGAUGUUGUGUCGUGGUCUUUGGGAAAAGAAGAUGUACAAUGACCUUUUGGAUGCUUGUAUUCAUGGUUUAACAAAUCCCCAAAUAUUGGGAGAUGAAGAGAAAUAUAAAGAAGCUGAAUUUUUAUGCCUUAUAGCUUGUACUCUCAGUAGAAAUGGCAAGUUGGCAUAUAAUCUUAUUCGAGAAAUUUGUGUCAAGGAAAUCAAUAAUAACCAAGCCUGGAAUCUUUUCAAUCAAGUCAUUAUAUGUUCUUCUGAUGGACGUCACAACAGGUUCUGUUUACGUCUAAUGAUGAAACAUCCAGACAACAUUGCCCUUGCUUUACUCAAUGCUCAUAAUUCCAUGGUCUCAGGAACAUAUAAACAUUCUUUAGGUAUGUAAAUACUACACAAAUUUCUUGGUGUUUGUUC